UAUUAUUUAUCGGCGAAGAUACAAAUAUAGAUUUGGCCAAUGCGGUGGCAAUGUGGUUCUCGUCACUUUAUUGGAUCAGCGGAAUAAUGAUGAAUCUAAAAUCGAUCGUGCAGGGCGCCAAAGCGAUUAUUUAUCCGGAAUUUAAUGAAGAAAUGACGUGUACACUAAUUGAAAAAUAUAAGAUAACAGUGAUUUUUCUAAGCCCGAGCAUGAUCAAUCGAUUUCUUAAAACGGAUUAUUUAAGAAAGUAUUCAUUAUCAACUUUAAAAAUCAUAAAUAGUGGUGGCGCGGUAAUCGAUCCAAAAGUUCAAGAAGAAAUAAAACAUAUCUUGCCGCAUGUUCAAAUGUUGCAAGGUUAUGGAAUGACAGAAGUCUGUGGAUUCGUUACAUUUCAGCUCCCACAUCACAAAGCUGGAUCUUGCGGGACUGUAGUCCAGAAUGCGAAAAUAAAGAUCGUAGACCCAGAAACCGGAAAGAUUCUUGAUCCAAAUAAUCCAGGAGAAUUGUGGAUGAAAACGGCAAUUAUAAUGAACGGCUACUACAGAAAUCUUGAAGCGACUAAAAACAUUAUUGAUGAAGAAGGUAAAAAAACCUAUUUUUCUUUUGCGCCAACGCAACACGUUAAUAGUAUAAUUAAAAUAAAAUAAUUAAUAAUAAUCUUAAUGUGUUGAUAGAUCAAUCAAAACUAUUGAGCAUAAAUUAUAAAGAUGUGAAAAAAAUUUAAAAAAAAUUUAAUUACAUAAAAUAAACAAA